AUGGCCGAUCUCUCCAUCCUGUCUGAUAUCCCACGGCGAAGAGCGAGCUCGCGCAGCGGCGUUCAACCGCCGGCAAUCGUCGUCGAGCCGUUGGUGCAUGUCAAGUUAUCGGGCGACGACGAACCAUCACAACUUGGCCCCGGCCGCACCCUGCUGUGGUCAUCAUCGAUUAAUCGGUUCCAGCUCCUCGAUCAAAAAGUUGAGGCAGACACAGUAGUCACGACGCUGCACGAUAAUACCGGACUGCGAAUCAAACACCGUCUCUCUGCCGGUUUCCAGGCGCUCACGGUCCGGAGUGAGACGGUUUUUGAGAACAAUUCUGACGCCCCGGUUCGACUCGAAUUGUUCACAUCGUUCUCUCUGAGCGGCAUCACCCCUUACGCCAUCGACGAUGCACCCUGUCGCCUCCGUGCUCACCGGUUCCGGUCUGUCUGGUCGGCCGAGGGACGUAUGGUGACAGACUCUAUCGAGCAUCUCCAACUCGAAAGGUCCUGGGCGGGCAACAUGAACUUCUCUGAGCGGUUCGGGCAGGUCGGGUCAAUGCCGGUGCGGGGGUGGUUCCCGACUGCGUUGGUCGAGGACGCGGAAGCAAAAGUAGUCUGGGGAGCGCGGUUGGCGAUUCCUACGAGCUGGCAGAUGGAACUGGGUCGACGGUUUGAUGAUCUGCUUCUCGCUGGCGGCCUGGCGGACAGAGAAUUUGGUCACUGGACGAAGACAGUCGAGCCCGGCCAGUCAUUUACCACCCCACAGGCUUGGUUGACGUGUGUGGUCGGACCGGUGGAUGAGGCUUGCGAUCGGUUGAUCAGCGUCGAUGUUCCCGCCGUUGAAGCUCAGCCAGCGAUCGAGCAGGAACUGCCCAUCAUUUACAACGACUACUGCACAAGCUGGGGACAGCCUCGCGAAGAUCAAUUACUCGCCAUUGCCGACAGGAUCGCGCCGCUUGGCGUUCGCUACUUGGUCAUCGACGCGGGUUGGUACAUGCCAAUGAACGCCAGUGCACACUGGGCGACGACUCUGGGCGACUGGCGCGCACAUCCGAGCCGGUUUCCCAACGGACUGGCCGGUACGGCGGCAGCAAUCAGGAGACGCGGGCUUGUUCCGGGUAUCUGGAUGGAGCCGGAGCAUGUGGCUAAAGACUCGGACGCAUUCGCUGAAACUGACCACAUGCUGACCAGAGACGGGAAAGUACUGACGUUAGGCCUCCGGCGAGCCUGGAACUUGCAUGAUCCCUAUGGAAAGUCGUAUAUUGAUGACCGUGUGAUUGGCAUGCUUCGUGAGGUUGGGUUUGGUUACGUCAAGAUCGACUACAGUGAGACGCUGGGCAUUGGUGUCGACCAUCCCGACGGGCUAGGAGAGGGACUGCGGCGCCAGGGCGAAGGAACACAUGCGAUGUUUGACCGGAUCAGAGAGGCGUUGCCCGACUUGGUGAUCGAACUCGUUUCGGCUGGUGGACACCGCAUGGAGACGUCGUUUCUCCAGCGUACCACGAUGGCCAGCUACUCGGAUGCGCACGAGACAGUCGAGAUACCCAUCAUCGCCGCGGCAGUUCACCGGCUGAUGCUGCCCCGGCAGUCUCAGAUCUGGGCAGUCUUGCGCCGAGACGAUUCCGUUCAACGGAUGUACUACAGCCUAGCGGCGACAUUUCUGGGCCGAAUGUGUUCGUCUGGCGAUGUCCUCGACCUCGAUGAAAGUCAACUCUCCCUUGUAAAGGAUGCCAUCAAACUCUACCAAAGAGCCGUUCCGGCUAUCAAGUAUGGCAAGAGCCGAGUCAAGGGUGAUAUCGGACCCAGCUGGCGCCACCCAAGAGGCUGGCAAGGCGUGGUUCGGACCACGGAAGACGAUGGAAUUGUCGUCAUACACACUUUCGAGCAGGCACCCGAACGAUUCUCUCUCCAACUUCCCGGGCCGGAUUGGCAGAUCAUGGGGGUGCUCACUCCUUCGGCAGUCGAGAUUAAUGGCGAUCAACUUGGGGUCGUUGGUGUGUCGGUUUUCGACAGCCAAGUUGUUCUUAUGCGGAAGGGUGCGAUUUAGAGGUCAUAAUUGGGUUGGUGACGAGAGAAGUGAAUAAUCGAACUGAGUGCUACAUAGGUCUCCACUCAGUGCUAAGAAGGUGUAUAAGGAGCAGCAGAGAGGUACACCAAGUCAGUGACUCGCAGACGGCUUUUAUCAAUUCUCCGAGUCUUUUAUCAUCUAUCUUCACUCAAACUUAGAUUGUAUCUAAAAUACGAUUCACAGGGGCCCUUCACUCUCAAAUGAAUUGAAUCUCCAC